AUGGCUAUCAAGUAUAUGGACAACCUGCAACUCGAUAUCAUAUACCCACAUUCUCUGUUUGCUAAGAUUUGUCAUUUGCCCAAAUUUGGUCAGUUUCAAGAUGCAGCUGAAUUUACGGGUCUUGCUUUGGCUGCCGAAGGCGGUGGUCGAGUCGAGUCUGCUGGCGAUCCUACUAUGUCAAAUGAUAGCUCGACUGUAAUGAAAGCCUCUACUUCUGAUCACUCAGCCUCCAUGGUGCCCGCCGGCAUUGUGGUGGGCAUUCUCAACCGGGGCUGGCGGGACUAUGUCUGCACUUAUGUCGUUGUCACAGACUCUGAUUCUAGUAUUACUGACGGAGUGAGUAGUGACGAGUCUAAUGCGGAACUUAAGCCUAAGUCCGAAGUUGCUUGGAUUCUAGUUACGCCCUGGGAUCGUCGAAUCCCGCGUAUCCGAAUUCACACGACCCAGGCUUCGCGGCUUAGCCAGGAGAGGUAA